UAAUUGUCAUAAGCCAGCAAACAAGAAUCUGUAACUGGUUUGCUCGGUGCGCCUGUGGCGUUUGAAAAUUAUUCGUUUGAACCUCCUCGAUCCACCUAAAGCCAACCACUCCUACACAUCCAACUCUUCCAAAUUGAUAUAUGACAAUAUCUACUUUCGAUCACGUGUCUGCGGGGCGACUUAGACGGAUUGCGCGUCAUCUCGCCUUCCCAAAUUUUUCCCCUUCUGCUGCAGCUCGAAUCCAAAACAUCUAUCUAUAGUGGCCGAGUAGCGAGAGAGCGAAAGAUGUUUAACUCGGUGAAUCUGGGCAACUUCUGCUCCCAGACACGCAAAGACCGGACAUCCGAGUUUGGGGACAGGACGGGCUGCGCUUCCAACAUCUACCUCCCCAGCUGCACUUACUACGUCCCCGAGUUUUCCGCCGUCUCCUCGUUUCUUCCGCAGGCCCCUUCGCGGCAAAUCAGCUACCCUUACUCCACGAAUCUGUCUCAAGUGCAGCCGGUGCGGGAAGUUUCGUACGGCUUGGACCCCGCCAGCAAAUGGCACCACAGGAGCAACUAUGCGUCGUGCUACUCGGGAGAGGAUCUGGUGCAUAGAGACUGUCUUCCUCCAUCCACCAUGACAGAAAUGCUCAUGAAGAACGAGAGCGUGUACAGCCACCACCAUCACCACCAUGCCCACCCGGGAUCCAAUCACCCUUCCACGGGCUUUUACUCUGGCGUGGGGAAGAACAACGUCCUCCCACAAGGCUUCGACCGCUUUUUCGAGACCGCAUACUGCAGCAGCACGGACAAUCAGUCAGACAAUUGUUUACAAAAGGGCGAGGGAGGGAAGCUGGAAAGCGACUCCCAGCAGCAGCAGCAACAACAGCAACAGCAACAGCAGCAGGACGCCACAGCGGCUAUAUCUGGAGUCCCGGAGCCGGGGAAAGACCCAGACGAUGAGGAGGAACACACGAAUUCAGGCUCCUGCACCUCUUCUUCCGCCACAGCCAAGGACGGAAACGCCAGCAAGAGCAGCCACUCGAGCGUCCCUCGAACAAGGAAGAAGCGGUGUCCCUAUUCCAAGUUUCAAAUUCGAGAGCUGGAGCGGGAAUUCUUCUUCAACGUUUACAUCAACAAGGAGAAGAGGCUCCAGCUUUCCCGAAUGUUGAACCUCACCGACCGCCAGGUUAAAAUCUGGUUCCAGAACAGAAGAAUGAAAGAGAAGAAGCUGAGCAGAGAUCGCUUGCAGUAUUUCUCUGGAAACCCCCUGUUGUGAGCAGAAAGAGUGUCACAGGACAGUGGCAUAGAGGCCUCCUCCUCUUUCUUCUCCUUAUCUCAUUGAAUGAAUGGUAAUCCGGGGCAAAACCGUUUUUUUUUUUUUUUUUUUUUUACCACAAAGAGGAGCCCAUAUCACCAACAGUGCAAUGUGAAAAAAAAGUGAACAGUGGAAGAAAAUAGGCCUUCAAUAAGGGGAAGGGGAUAAUGUCGCCAUUUUCUUAUUAUCCUGCUGGGCGGCGAUGAAUUUCUAGCUGGUUUUACCCCCUCUGACAAAAAGGCCUGUGUUAGAAUAAACAUUUAUAUGCUGGUCUUGAAAAUGUCCUAUUUAUCACGACUCUCCGUUUGUCUUUAAUCUACUGUUCGUAUCGACAUAUUUGUUAAAAUAUCAGCAGACAACUUUUAGCUCUUACUCCAGCCUCUGGUCAGUGUAUAUAGCAUAUCAAUAUCUAAAAUAUUUCAUCAUCGACCAGAGUGUGGGCAGAAUUUUAUUUUUUUUUUCCAGGCUGCAUUUUUUUGUUCCUCCUUGAGAGAUAUCCAAUCUGUGAAAGUAUUACAUCCCCUCCCUCAAUCCCACCCACCCCACCCUCCCCUCCGGCCACGUUCAUGUAUACAGAAUAGCCUAUGCAAUGUGCAUUCGUGACUGUAAAUAGGCAUAUGUUGGAUCUUUUUUUUUUUUUUUCCAUAUCCCUGCUGCUAUUUUUCAGCACACUUGCCCAUGCCACACGAAUAGCUUUAAUGGCGACUCUUGUUAAAUUAUUUGCUUCAGACAUUUUGGUGCUUUGGAUCGCAGAGAGGAUGAGCAGAUCGUCGGCCUGUGUAUCGCUACAAUAACUAAAUAAACAGAAACCUAUAGGCAAAACUCAA